UGCGAAACUCCCAAGUAGGAGGGAGCUACUCUAAGCCUGCUGAACGAGGGGAAAAAAAAUAAAAUAAAAAUAAAAAAAACAUAGAAACCGCUAAAUAACCCUAAAAACAGAAACCGGAGCAAAUCUUCAAACGCCAAUCCUCUGAAAUCUACUUGUACUGGAAUAUUGUUUUUUGUAACGUCGCUAAUAUAUCUAUGUGAAGAAAGUAUUUAUGCUUUUUUUUUCUAUUUGCACUAUCCAACGGUACUUCAAAACUACUGAGAAUUUUUUUUUACAAUAAGAAAUAUAUAUCACCCUGUGGAAGGACACCACUUUUACAAAACCAGCACUCUUGAUUUUGAAGCCGUUUCAUCCGAGUCCAGUUUGCUUUUUGACACCCUGCCUGGAGCACGCCUGCGUUGCCAAACACGGAUAAACAAAGCAGACUCGGUGGACGCGUUCAAGGUCAGACACAGCUAAUCUCCACACACCUGGAACACUUCAGCAGUUCGCUAUGCAGCUUGAAAUCCAAGUAGCUCUCAACUUCAUCAUCUCGUACCUGUACAACAAGCUGCCAAGGCGACGGGUCAACAUAUUCGGCGAGGAGCUGGAGCGGCAGCUGAAGCAGAAAUAUGAAGGACACUGGUACCCGGACAAGCCAUACAAGGGCUCAGGAUUCAGAUGCAUCCAUGUGGGCGAGAAGGUGGACCCUGUGGUGGAGAAAGCAGCCAAAGAGAGUGGGCUGGAGAUCGAGGACGUUCGCAAUAACCUGCCCCAGGACCUCAGCGUGUGGAUUGACCCCUAUGAAGUGUCUUACCAGAUCGGUGAGAAGGGGCCAGUCAAAGUGUUGUAUGUCGACGACAGCAACGAAAGUGGAGCCAUGAACGGAGGGCUGGAUUUGGACAAAGAGAUCAAGAACAGUUUCAACCCCGAUGCGCAGGUCUUCAUGCCCAUCAACGAGCCUGCGAACAGCGCCUCUCCGGGCUCCAGCUCUCCCUCUCCUCCUUUCGGCCACUCUGCGGCGGUCAGUCCCACCUUCAUGCCCCGCUCCACUCAGCCUUUAACCUUCACGACGGCCACCUUCGCUGCUACCAAGUUUGGCUCCACUAAGAUGAAGAGCAGUGGGCGCAACAACAACAGCAACAAUGGCGGCGGCAGCGGCGGGAGCAGCGCCGGCAACAAAGUGGCACGUACCUCUCCCACCAACUUGGGCCUGAAUGUGAACAGUCUCCUCAAACAGAAAGCCAUCUCCACCUCCAUGCACUCGCUGUACGGGCUGGGGCUCGGYGUGCAGCCGCAACACCAGAAACCCUCGGCCCUGUCCCCCAACGCCAAGGAGUUUGUGUUCCCCAGCCUGCAGGGCCAAGGCAGCCAGAGCGCCCUGUUUCCCGGGGACAGCUCGCUCAGCCUCAGCCCGCUGCAGUACAGCAAUGCCUUCGACRUGUUUGCGGCCUACGGUGGCCUUAACGACAAGUCCCUCAUUGAUGGCUUGAAUUUCAGCUUAAGCAACAUGCAGUAUUCUAACCAGCAAUUCCAGCCAGUUAUGGCCAACUAGUACACGUAAAGGUACUACUUAAGCUCCUACUUCGUACAGAAACGACCAGAAAUAAUGUGAUGGUGGAAACAAAUGCACAUUUCAAAAACAAAACGACAAAAAAAAGUGUAAACAAAAACAGAAUGUCAAAGAUAAAAGGAAAAAAGUGACUUGUAAACGUGUAAGAUCCAAGUUUCAAGUCUAAGAGCAUGAGCCCGAGGGUGAAUAAUGUUGCCCCCUUGAGUUAUACUUGUUUUUUUUUCUGUUUUUGUUUAUUUUUUCUUUCUUUCUUUCUUAAACAAUGAAGCUUGUAGUACAAGAUGUCCAAGCUUGGUUACCUAAACUUCAAAAUGCAUUAUUGUUGUUUCUUUUGCCAACCAAGCACAAAAUAUUUUUUAACGCAACUGUUUUAAGAUAAAAAAAAAAAUGAAUAAAAAAACAAACAAAAAAAAUAACACCACCACAAGUUAUGGCCUCUUUCAGUAAUCCUAAAGAUUGUGUACAGAAUAUUCCGUAGUGGUGGGAUUUAAGAAUAUUUGCUUUUUUGAAAAACUUAAGAAUUGUAUUUUCUGUUAAGAGUUUAAAAGAUUUUUGCUAUAUUAUGGACAAAAUGUAAUCGUAUAUUAAUUUUGUACCUACAUUGUGCAAUACUUGAUAAAAACAAACGGUAUAACAAAGUAUUCUGAGUCAGUGUCUUACAUGUUAAGAGGGACUGAUAGUUUAUUAAGUUUGUAUUAAAAGAGCUUGGAAAUAA